AUGAUUUUCCCUAAUGGCCCAUUUAUUCGUCCACAUCCAAUUAUUUGGAGAAUUGUUUUUGGUUUAAGUGUUCUUUAUGCUUUGUUAUUACAAUUUACUUUAUAUCAAAGUUAUGAUGAUGUUAAAGCUGUUCUUUCUUGGAUUGAUCCUGUUGGGUUAAGUCUUCGAAAUUUAACUGAAAAGGAAUAUGCAGUUAAUUGUACAGAUGUAUCAAUUUCACGAAUUUGGGGUCAUAUGGAUAUUUUUGCUGUUGGCCAUUUUCUUGGAUGGGCAAUGAAAGCGUUAAUGAUUAGGCAUACAAUUAUUUGUUGGUAUAUAAGUAUUUCUUGGGAACUUACUGAGUUAGCUUUUGCCCAUUUACUUCCGAAUUUUCAAGAAUGCUGGUGGGAUGCAAUACUUUUAGAUAUUUUAAUUUGUAAUGGAUUUGGAAUUCUUUUUGGUAAUUGGGUUUGUAGAUUUUUGGAAAUGCGUCAAUAUCAUUGGGAAAGUAUAAAAAAUAUUCGAACAAUUCAUGGUAAACUUCGUCGAGCAGUUCUUCAAUUUACUCCAGAAAGUUGGAUUACAGUUAAUUGGUUAAAAGGAAGUGAUUUAUCUUCAAACAAAAAAGAAGCCGAUUUGAACACAGCAAAAAGUUUAUCUCCAGAAAAUGCCAACAACAAAACUUUAAAAACCCCAGAAAAUAUUAAAACACCAAUUUUAACCCCAACAUCAGCUUCUUCAAUUAGAUCUGUUGCAAUGGUGGCUGCUGAUGCUAGAGGGAAAGUUUCUACUUGGGCGUCUACUUGGGCGGGGUUAAAACGUUGUAUUGCAAUAUAUAUGUUCAUUAUGAUUUGGUUGGCAACAGAAUUAAACGUUUUCUUUCUUAAACACGUCUUUGCUAUUGACACUUCUCAUCCUGUUGUUUUUUGGCAUAUAAUUUUAAUUUGUCUUAUUUGCGCUCCAACAAUUCGUCAAUAUUAUAUUUAUGUGACUGAUCCAAAAGUUAAAAGGAUGGGAAUGCAAUGCUGGCUCUAUGCUGUUAUUUGUGCUUUAGAAGCUUCUAUUUGUAUUAAAUUUGGUCGUGAACAAUUGCCUUCUGUUAAACUGUGGUUAAUUGGCCUAUGGAUUGCUUUUUUGGCUGUUGGAACAAUAUUUUGUGUUUGGGUUUCAAUUUGGUGGACAAAAUAUCAAAUGCUUACUCGCGAAGUAGAAGUUCGUGGUGGGGGUAUUCGUGAUUGUUAUUUGGAUUCUUCUUGUGAAAAUUUGGGUGCAAUACAGGAAGAUGUUCAUAAACGAAGAAAAAAAUUAAAAAUUUGUUCUUCAAAUGAAAAUUUGGUUGUUGAGAAUAAUAAUGGUGGUGAUGAGAAAAACAAAAAGAAUAAAUAA